GUUCACGUACUGUGAUCACGAUUGCCGCGACUGGGUAAUGGACAGCUCUGUUUUGCCACUCCCUCUCCCGUUGCUGUUGUUAAUUCAUCUGCACAUUCUCGAGUAUCCGCACGUCAAUGACCCAGAGUACGAUAUCAAUGUCUUCAAUUCCCGAACACGCGGUCUGCGAGAUCGUACAAGAUCCACACAGGACAUCUUUUACUUUUUGGUCGGGAAGAUCGAAAGAUCGAAAGCGCGCGUCCAGAAGAUCUUGCCUUCAUAUCCUUGUCUCAAGCCAGCAGAUACCACGAAGUUUCGCAAUUCACUAGCCAAGUACCUGGAGAACUUGAGACACCAAGCUACGGCCUCGUCUGCAGACGCGGAAGCUCCAACCGCGAAUAUGGCUUGGUGGUGGAGAGACGUCGUUGUUAGGAAGUCACUACUAGAACAGUGCGAGGGUGAAAAGUUUAUACGAAUGGUUGUCUGCCUUUCAACUCACGCGUUGUUCGCCGCGGUAUCGACUACUGGUCCCAUAUCGAAUACUGCUUCUCGUCUUGGAUCCAUGAAACAUGCCAAGAACGGCUGGGUUCGCAUCGCGACUCUCAUUCUACAGCGUGGUCGGGAUCUUAGCAUGUUACGGGCCAAUCUAGUGAAGCAGCCGAUCGCUCCGUCAAAAUACGGUUCCCUUUCUACAUCAAGACUCACCGCCCUCCUCGACUCCAAGAGACGAGAUCUCACACAUAAUUGGACAGAUCAAGCACUGGAGUUCUUUCUUGAAUUAUCAGGACUGAAGAUGUCUCCCACACUAUCGUUAGCCGCUUUGGAUACUAUCAGUACCACCACUCUUCGUCCACGAACAUCGAACGGACCCCCACAGGUCCUACCUGUAGUCGCGGCUCAUCAUUUAUCCAAUCUACGAAAACUCAAGAGGCCCGUACUAGGCACCGAAACACCAGAGUCUACCACUAUUGUCAAAGCAAGGAUGUUAACACCUCAUGUCAGCGCGACUUUGUCAGAUUACCACGACGCCGAAGUACGAAUGCACCGGAACUUGCAAAGUGCAUUGACAAUCAUCAACCAUGGUCAUGAUCGUUGUGUUUCUCGAACAAGGAAACCAAGGUAUCAUGGAGCCCCCUCCCUCAAUCUGAGGCGGCCUCCUGAUUGGAGACUACAUGUGGACUUUGAAGCGUGUAUCCUUUUCCUUCCUUAG